GGACGAGGAGGAGUGGUUGUACUUACAUUUCGGCAGGAGUCAUUUUGCUCAUGCACACGCGCUCGGGAUUGUAUUUCAUGCCUCGAAGCAUAUCAUAUCUCGUAACCACAUGAACUUCACGCCUUACAAUGCGGGGGGUCUGGCCGGGGUCCUUGGAUCUGGUCUGGCCUGGUCUGUUCUGGCCAGGACCCGUUGCAAGCCAUGGACGGCGAGGGGACGACGCAAAGUCUGGAUGUUUGUCAACUGGCUUUUAAAGUUUAUAAAGCAAGGAGUGUUUCACAAGAUGCCACGUGUAUGCCACAGCCCUAUCAUGAUGCCUCGCAAGCACAUGGUGUACAUAAUUUCACAGUAUGGUCACGGAAGCACGCUCUUCGAGGUACACCUUCUCCCACGGGGACCUGCUGUGUCGGCGAGGUCGUCGACACCACUCUCUUGUUACCAUGUGUACGCCCCAAAAACAGGUACUGGCUCAUUGCGCCGGCGUGACCAGAUCAUCAUGCAAUGCAACUCAAAGGGCAACGCAAAACAGCGGUCCGAGCUCCGCCCAUCGAAUGGGAAAAUGCGAUUUCAAUCAAAACCCGAUGGUCAACAGACAGGGGCGAUGGGCGAGAGGAUGGGAUAUGCACAACCGGGCAGAGGGCAAGCUACUUUUUUCCUUGCUUUGAUCUCGUUGGCAUAAUCAUGAUGUUGUCAUCCACGAAAAACAUACGCGGCCGGACUUUGUACUAUGGUAUAUGUUCUAGCGCUGGUGCGCAAUGUUUGCUAGUGGGGACCAGCAAAGAUGCAGAUCAGGGAGGAUCUGUGCAAGCUGUUGGAGGGCUAUCGUAUUCCUGGUCCUGCGAAAAUGGGGAAAAGCUUAUCGGGAUCUUGAGAAAUCGAGACAGG